AUGCCUCUGGGCAUGGGGCAGCUAAGGCCCACUAUAAAAGCCAGCCCAUCUCCGUGCUCUCUCAUCCACUUCUCUGGCCUUCUUCUCCUUGGGAACAAGGUGCACCUCCUGCCCCCAGACAUGUCCUGCUACGACCAGUGCCGGCCGUGCCUUCCAUGCCAGCCCUGCGGCCCGACCCCGCUGGCCAGCAGCUGCAAUGAGCCCUGCGUCAGGCAGUGCCAGAACUCCACCAUCGUCAUCCAGCCCUCUCCUGUGGUGGUGACCCUGCCCGGCCCCAUCCUCAGCUCCUUCCCGCAGAACACCGUUGUGGGAUCCUCCACCUCUGCCGCCGUUGGCAGCAUCCUCAGCUGUGACGGAGUCCCCAUCAACUCCGGGUGCUGUGACCUCUCCUGUAUUACCAGCCGCUACUGUGGCAGCAGGUGCCGCCCCUGCUAAAGAUGUCAGCCAGUGCCCCAGACCAGGACCUCAGGAACUUAGAACAUGCUGCUGGACAAAAAUGAAUGGAAGAACAGACCUCGUGCUGUUGUUCUAAGAGGACCUGACCAUCUCUGGCUUGUCCUGUAAAGACAGACAGGAAGGGGCCAGCCUGGAUUCUAUGACUACAUGACCGAUGUACACCUAUCCUGUUUUCCACACACUCUUUUUCUUUCUUUUCUUUCUUGCCCUCUGCUUUCCGUGAGGCCCCCAGAAACCAGCCUGGAGUGACCUGCUAGCCCCUCUCCCCUUGUGGGCCAGGUCGAUUGAUGCCCUGUUGCAAGUCUGCCAUUGGAAAAGCUGAACAGAUUUUUUUGUCUGCUCCUGCUGUGCUACGAUCUCGGGGCCUCCUCUUGGAGUCACCUCAUUUCCCUCCUGAGAGUUGAUAAACAUUUGCAGCAACCCUGAGUGUGUCCCUGUGUGGUCUUUUCAUCUGCAUACAGAUGGCCAAGGGAGAAAACCAUUCCUUGCAGGCCCAGGACAGGGACUGAUGCCCAAACAUGCCCUCA